AUUCAUUAUCAAUUGACAAUGAAGACAUUAUUGUGGUUUUUAGUCUUCGUUGGAGUUUCGAAUGCGUUAGACUGCACUCAAAUUCCGGCUGGUGGUAUUGUCCCUAGACAUAAUGCGACUAUUCCAGCGGGAGCCAAGGAACCAGUGCUAAUUCCACCAAACUUUAAUUGUCUUUAUAAUAUCAAAGUUCCAGCUAUGGUAUAUGCUCGUGUUGUUCUGGAAAACGGAUUGAAUGGAAACAAUGAUCAGAUAACUGUUACAAAUGAGCAAAACGCGAAGACAUUCAUCAACAGUCGUUCUGGAAAGUAUGCAACUUUCUAUGUAUUUCCAAAUACUCUCACAAGUUUCCUAGUUUCCACGAAAAGUGUUAAUAUGCACUCAUCGUUCCGAAUGGUGGUUGACUAUUAUUCAUUGAACAACGCGACAGUUACUUAUUUGGACAACCCAGAUAUGCAAUAUUCUCGCUUGUACACUUUGCAAGCUGAAAUCGGCUGGAGCCCACGAACCAUUGUGGCAAAGGAGAGGAUGUCCAUUUCCAUCGCAUACUCCGGCUGGACACCCUAUGACAAUUUGUACAACUUUUUCUUGAUUGAAGGAGAUUUGGAGAACCCAUUAGCAAUCUACCGUAUGACUCAAUUUUUGUACCAAAACUAUAUCAGUAAAGGAAACAAAGUUACUGUUCUUGGAUUGGAUAACACGUUUUCGAGAAGCUCAAUUGUAUUUGUCCCACUGUCACAAGCUCAACAAUAUGAUUCAUAUACAGCGGCAAGUGGCUAUAUGAAUCUGAAUCAAGUGGAUAUUGAUGCAACUGUCGGAGAAAAGAAAAAGAAAAUUGUCACAAUGAUUUCAAUGCGAGAUUAUGUUAUGAUUUGGAAAAUGGAAAAGACAAGUAACCCUGACUGUGUUCUGAAAGCAAUUACAUCUCCUCCAACAAGUGAAUCAAAAGUGCUUCUCGAUUUCUCGGUCGAAACCCAAUUCCCGACAAACAUCACUCGUCCAUCGUUUUGCAUUAUUGCUGAAAACUGUGCUGCGUCGAUCCAAUUUAUUGUUCUUUAAAUAAAAUAUCGAUUAAAUUGUGUUUUAAAUAAAUAUUAUCAUCUGC